AUGAUCCUGUAUACCAUCACCGUAAGUGGGAGCUAUGCAUACGUGCGGUCAGAUGUCAUGUCUCUGGCUCUGAAUUCUGCACGGAAGCUUUUUCGAAGGAUCUCAUACGGAAUUGCCAUUCCCACGAUUGUGAGCGGAGGGGUUGUGAAUGCGCAGAUUGCGGUGAAGUUCAUUUAUGUUCGUCUGUUUCGAGGCACCAACUCAAUGCAUACCCGGUCGUUCGUGACCCGCGCAGCUUGGACCCUCAUCUGUGCUGUUUCUUGGAUACUGCCCUGA